GCUCGGCUCCGGAGCCGAGCUGGGUGGGCCCGAGGCCAGAAGUAGAGGCCCCCGCGGAGGUGAGCGAGGCCCCAACCCAGCCCUGGUGGGUCGCGACGCUGUAGGCGUUUCGGGAGGUGGUUGUUGAGAACCUGGUGGCUGAGAUGAGGAAACUAAGGCCCGGAGAGGUGAUAUCACAUCACUUCCCAAGAUCACACAGCUGAGCAGUGUACAAGGCGGAAUUCAAACCCGGGAUUCCCUACUUCCAGUCCAGAUCCCUGUACUCCACACCUCUCUUGUGUGUGUGACAUGUUUCGAGAAAGGAAUAUUGCGGAAGAACAGUUUUAAGAUUCAGAGGGACCUGAGUUAGGUUCUUUACUUUGCAGAUGAGGAAAUUGAUUCUCAAGGAUGUAAAUUCACUCUUUGAGGCCACAACAGGCAAGGCAUCAUGGUGGGAGGAUUGAAGAGGAAGCACUCAGAUGUGGAAGGGGAGGAGGAGGAUGAGAAGAGGGACUGGAGUCCAGCAGGCCUUCAGAGCUACCAGCAAGCCCUGCUCCGCAUCUCCCUAGACAAAGUGCAGCACAGCCUGGGUCCCCGAGCACCCAGCCUCCGAAGGCAUGUCCUCAUCCACAACACCCUCCAACAGCUCCAGGCUGCACUUCGCCUGGCUCCUGCCCCUGCCCUGCCCCCAGAGCCCCUCUUCCUGGGCGAGGAAGAUUUCUCCCUGUCGGCCACCAUUGGCUCUAUUCUCAGGGAGCUGGAGACCUCCAUGGAUGAGACUGAGCCUCCUCAGAAUCCAGUGGCUCCCCCAGGCCUUCAGAAUGAAUUGCCACCCCAGCCUGAUCCAGUCUUCUUAGAAGCUCUGAGCUCCCGGUACUUGGGGGACUCUGGCCUGGAUGACUUCUUUCUGGACAUUGACACAUCUGCAGUGGAAAAGGAGCCCGCACUGGUCCCGCCGGAGCCUCACAACCUUUUCUGUGCCCCAGGCUCCUGGGAGUGGAAUGAACUAGAUCACAUCAUGGAAAUCAUUCUUGGGUCCUAAAAUUUUGAUUUGGGGUGUGGGGAAAUCCUUUCUCAUGUCAGCCUAGGUAGGCUGGAUCCCUGGAUGCAACUUUGUGUGUCUGGGGGGAGGGCAGGGCGGGGCUCUAAGCAGUGACUGGCCUCCUUUCCUCCCAUUUCAGGGUUCUACAAACUGUCUUGCAUGUGUGUGUGUGUCUGGUUACCCCAGCCUUCUGUGAAGGUGGGUCUUCCUGAAUUAAUUUAUCUCUUCCAAAUGCCUUAAUGAGACUCUGUUUCUGGGAGUCUGAUUUUUCACUUACACAUUUCUUCUGCCUUUCCCUCCAGUUCGUACUCCCCUUGUGACCACUGGGGCCUCAGGGAAGAUAAAGAAAGCUAGGCCUGUCAAAGGAUGACAGGGAUGUGCUGCCAGGUUGCUAUGGAAACCCAGGCUCUGCCUCUUGCACCUUGAGGGAGUGGGAGGGGCUGGUCCCCUCCUCCCAGGCUGAACCCCACUUCUUCACAGGACCCCAGUCCCAGCAGCCUCCUGAUUCAUAACCAGGCCGGACCACGUGCAAUAGGGUGGAAACCAAACUGCUCCGUGCUACAUUAUUUAAAAGAAAGGCAGGGUUUGUGGUGGCUUUUUUAUUGUAAUUUUUUUUUUUAAUAAAACUAUUUUGGAAGGAG